AUGAAGCAAAUCCAACACCCUUCCCAUCUCUUGGCCUAUGGCGUGGUUAUCGCGCUGCUUAGUGCGGGUCUGUACGCCGCACAGCUGUUUUUUGUGUUCACCUCGGAAAACGAUUCCCAAUGGUCCUGGCCGAAAGAAAGUCUACCAGUUGGUUACCUAUCAGCUAGCGUGAUGCUUAUUUCACCAGUUUUCUGUUUCGCGGCUGCCUGCACACGCAUCCGGAAAUGGUUAGUUCUAGCGAUAUUUUUAGCCAUCUGCAGUACGGCUGUCUCGAUCGCAUUGGGUAUAAACGGGCUGGUAGAAUAUAUGGACGAGUCUGAAUCUCAGUUCGCCCUUUUCACUAUGGGUGCGCUCAACGUUGCUGCUGGGAGCCUUUGUGGGAUCUAUGUGAUACUCAUGUUUACGGACGUGUGUGACUGUCACUGGAGAAAAAAGAUCAACGAGCAACAGCCCCCGGAUCUACAUCCCCAACCCGCAUCCGUUUCUAGCCCCUCACAGUACCCAGAAAACAUAUCCCGUGUGGAAACGAAUGUGUCAACGGAUGGUAUUCCCCCUGCAUAUCCAUAUGUCGCGCAGAAUUCAACGGUUCCAUACGCAUCAUCUGAAACUAACUAUCUUAAACCCGGAACGUGGCCAACUGCACCGCCUCCAUAUGAGCCAUAG